UGGGAACACUCCUGAAACGAGAGGAACAGCCUACGUGGUCUACGAAGACAUCUUUGAUGCCAAAAACGCCUGUGAUCACCUCUCGGGGUUCAACGUGUGCAACAGAUACCUCGUGGUGCUGUACUACAACGCCAACAGGGCAUUCCAAAAGAUGGACACAAAGAAGAAAGAGGAACAGCUUAAGCUUCUCAAGGAAAAAUACGGAAUUAAUACGGACCCACCAAAAUAA